CUUCCUGGAUACUGAGGCUUCGCGGCGGCCGCGCGGACCCGCUGCCAGAGAGUGAGGGUCCGAAGCGCGCGGGCUGGGGGCUUGGAGUCCCGCCCCGCCGCUGGAAGGCCAGUCUGCGAGGGCCCCCCUCCCCGGUUCCGUGCUGGAGCGGUCCCCUGCCGGAGCGGUCCCCUGCCCACCCCCCGCCCUCAUGGGGUCUCCCUCCUGGAGAACCAAUUCGGUUUGUCCCUCGUUGCUCGGCUGCUGAGGACUUAGGAGUCCUUGCGCUCCACCCUGAGCUGCUCGGCGCCGUAGGCCCCCACGGGAGAGGCCCUGCCCUCUUGCCCUUAGGGAGGGGAGCCGGGUAGCCGGAGCCUGCCCUCGGCUUCAGCUGGCUCAUGGUGAAGCCCGUCUCUAGGAGCGUGCCAUGGAGGAGUUCCGGCACUCCUACAGCCGGCUGUGCAAGGAAAGUGGGGCUGAGCCCCAGGAAACUGUCCUGCAGCAACUGCAGGAGCUACCACGGGGCCGGCUGGAUCUGGCCACCCAGAGCCUGACCGUGGACACCUGCAGGGCCUUGGGCAAGCUGCUGCAGAAGGAGGCACUGCUGACGGAGCUCAUCCUGAGUGACUGCAUGCUGAGCGAGGAAGGGGCCACACUGCUGCUCCAGGGGCUGUGUGCCCACACCGUCGUGCGGUUUCUGGAUCUAAAGGGCAAUAACCUUCAAGCUGCAGGUGCUGAGGCUCUGGGACAACUCCUCCGACAGAACAAGUCCAUUCAGAGCCUCACCCUGGAGUGGAACAACCUGGGCACGUGGGAAGAUGCCUUCGCCACCUUCUGCGGGGCCCUGGCGGGCAAUGGCACCCUCCGGCAGCUGGACCUCCGCAACAACCAGAUCAGCCACAAGGGCGCGGAGGAGCUGGCCUUGGCCCUGACAUGCAACGCCAGCCUUCAGCAGCUGGACCUGCGCUGGAAUAGCAUCGGCCUCCUGGGGGGCCGGGCCCUGGUGAACUCUCUCCCCCGCAACAGAACCCUGUGGAGGCUGGAGCUGGCUGGGAAUAACGUCCCAGGCGACAUCCUCAGAGCCGUGGAGCAAGCCAUGGACCACAACCAGGAGCGGCAGACCACUUCCCGAGAGAACCAGGCCCGCACCCAUGUGCUCAGCAAGGAGGUAAAACACCUCCGGGAAGAGAAAUCCCGGCAGUUUCUGGACUUGAUGGAGACGAUUGAUAAGCAGCGAAAAGAGAUGGCCCGGAGCAGCAGGGCAUCGGCAGCAUGCGUAGGGCAGCUUCAGGAAGCCCUGAAUGAGAGACAUUCCAUCAUCAAUGCCCUCAAGGCCAAGCUGCAGAUGGCCGAGGCCGCCCUGGCCCUGUCAGAGCAAAAGGCCCAGGGCCUGGGAGAGCUCUUGGCUACCGCGGAGCAGGAACAGCAAAGCUUGGCGCAGAGGCAGGCAAAGGAGCACAGGAUGGAGCAGCAGGAGGCUGCAGAGCGGGAGUCUAAGCUCCUCAGAGACUUAUCUGCUGCCAACGAGAAGAACCUGCUUCUGCGAAACCAGGUGGACGAGUUGGAGCGGAAGGUGAGAGCUCAGCAGGAGCAGCUGUUCCUGGCCAGGCAGGAGCUGAGCAACACGACGGCUGAGCUGAAGAUGCGGGCCAACCAGGCCGAGGAGCGUCUGGAACUGGAGAAGAAAAGGUCCCGACAGAGCUUGGAGGACUUGGAGCAGCUGCGAGCCAAGGAGGUGGAGCACAUGACUCGUCACCUGGAAGAGAGUGAGAGGGCCAUGCAGGAGAGGGUACAGAGGCUGGAGGCCUUGCGGCUAUCCCUGGAGGAGGAGCUGAGCCGAGUGAAGGCGGCGGCUCUCAGUGAGCGUGGCCAGGCUGAGGAGGAGCUCAUUAAGGCUAAGAACCAAGUCCGUCUGGAGGAGCGGCAGCAUCUGGCUCACCUGGAGGAGAAGCUGCGGCUGCAGGCGCAGGCUCGGGACGAGGCUCAGAGCGCCUGCCUGCAGCAGAGGCAGACGGUGGCCGAGGCCCAGGCCCGGGCCAGCCAGCUGGGCCUGCAGGUGGAAGGCCUGAGACGACGCCUGGAGGAGCUGCAGCAGGAACUGAGCAACAAGGACCAAGAAAAGGUGGCCGAGGUGACCAGGGUGCGGGUGGAGCUGCGUGAGCAGAACGGCCGCCUGCAGGCAGAACUGACGGCCCAGGAGGCGCUGAAAGAGAAGGUGGCAGCCCUGGAGCGCCGGCUGAAAGUGAUCGCAGGUGACCACCGGGAGGCGCUGCUGGACAGGGAGAGUGAGAACGCCUCUCUCCGGGAGAAGCUUCGGCUCAAGGAGGCCGAGAUCGCCCGGAUCCGGGAGGAGGAGGCCCAGAGGGCCGGCUUCCUGCAAAAUGCUGUCCUGGCUUAUGUGCAGGGGUCUCCUCUGAGGGCUAUCAGCCCCCAGAAGUGAAGGGAGGCAGGAUACUCGGGGAGGGGCAGGAGGGCAGCAUCUCGCAGACAUACGUGCCCCAUUGCUGCCCGUCCCUGCGUCUCCAGACUCAGCCUGGCGGACAGUCUGGCAGCGGAGGCAGGGUCUACGGCUGGGGACUUGGAAAAUCGGGGCCCAGCCGGAUCAUUGCGUGCGGACCGCCGCUGCUCAGCACCGGCUAGCAGGCUAGGCCAGCCCAGGGCUGCUGGCCACCAGGACCGGAGGGGGCACCCCCUGGGCCCUUCCCGAGCCUUCCUCCCAGUCCCAGGGAACAAGCCUGACAUGCGUCUGAGGAAAAGCCCCCAAGGGGGAGGAAAAUCCCGAAGAGCUGUCCGCAGCUCCCCUCCUCACAAUCAGCUCGUCCGAUGUAACCACACAUGCUCCUUUUACAAUGUAACCAGGAGUGCUGCGCGCUGGCCCGACUCCCUGGGUCUUUUGAAA